UCUGAUUCUUUAGUGCAAUGUGAAUUGUGAGCUGCUCAUUUUCACAAUCCCAAAAUGAUUGAAUCGCAGUUGUGGAAACACCAAACGAUGAUUCAGACAAAGGCAGAUACAAGAAACAUGAACAGAUCAAUUAUCGGAGAAGCCACAAUUUUUCUUGUCGUUUCGCACUUUCUCUCCACCCAGAACCUCUCGCACGCCGCCGACACCAUGGACGCAUCUCAGAGCAUCACAUACAACCAAACCCUGGUUUCCGCAAGCUCAAUUUUCGAGCUAGGGUUUUUCAGCCCCCAAAAUUCCCGAAAUUGGUAUCUCGGAAUAUGGUACAAGAAGGUGUCCGUACACACAUCAGUUUGGGUCGCCAACAGGGAAGCUCCAUUAACGAGCAAUUCCUCAGGAGUAUUGAAGAUCAUCGAACCAGGGAUUCUGGUCCUCCUCAACGACACCAACCACACCGUCUGGUCUUCCAAUAUUUCAAGAGGCGCCACCGCCAAAAACCCAAUUCUGCAGUUAUUAGACUCAGGCAAUCUCAUCCUCCGAAACUCCGGCGACGAUAAUCCGAGGAAUCGUCUCUGGCAGAGCUUCGAUUACCCGACGGACACGUACUUACCGGGCAUGAUGUUCGGCCUGAACUCCGUCUACCUCUCGUCCUGGAAGACCCCCGGCGACCCAUCUCCGGGAGAAUUCGUGUACGCCCUAGACCCCACCGGUUACCCGCAGCUGUUCAUGAAAAAAUCCGGCGUAGUUCAGUACAGAGUCGGGCCGUGGAACGGCGUCGUUUUCAGCGGCCUGCCGCACGUGACUAAUCAGUCGUUCACGAACGGGGUGUACAGAAACGAGGAAGGUAGAUUUUAUUUAAGGGAUGAUUCCUCCGACUUGUCUGUCCUUGCCAGAGGGAUCUUAAACACCGCCGGAACCGUCCAACGGUGGCGGUGGGUGGAUCAGACGCAGGAUUGGGUGCUGGAGAUGAGCAUUCCGGUGGAUGCUUGCGAUAGUUACAAUACAUGUGGAGCCUACGGGACUUGUGUUAUUGGCAACUUCCCGUUAUGUUCUUGUUUGGAUAAGUUUGAGCCGAAGGAUCCCAAGGGAUGGCGGGAGUCGGAUUGGGCGACCAACGGGUGCGUCCGGCGGACGCCGUUGAAUUGUACGGCAGGAGACGGAUUCGUUAAGUAUUCGAAUUUGAAAAUGCCGGAUGCGCGCGACACGUGGUACGAUGAGAGGAUGAGUCUUAAGGACUGCGAAGCCGAGUGCUUGAAACGUUGCCGGUGCACGGCGUACGCCAUGUUGAACAUUAGCCGUGGAGGGAGCGGGUGUUUGAUGUAUUUCGGGGACUUGAUUGACAUGAGAACAAUGUCGGUGCAUGAUCAGGAUUUGUACAUCAGAAUGGCUCGGACAGAGUUGGACCAUCCUCGGAAGAAAAAUGUGAGACUUAUACUUAGCUUGACGAUGAUAGUAGGAACGAUCUUUCUGAUAGGCAUAAGCAUCGUUCUCUGUAAUUGGAAGAGGAAGAAGAACAGAGCAGGAAGAGAUAGGGAAAGCAAUGACGAUGACUUGGAGCUGCCAUUGUUCGACUUGUCUACAAUCUCCAAAGCUACAAACAGGUUUUCGAUUCACAACAAGAUUGGGGAAGGAGGUUACGGGCCUGUUUAUAAGGGGAUAUUGAAGGAUGGACAGGACGUAGCCGUGAAAAGGUUGUCCGAAACAUCCAAACAAGGACUCGAUGAAUUCAAGAAUGAAGUCAUUUUUAUUGCUAAACUUCAGCAUCGCAACCUAGUGAGACUCUUAGGUUGCUGCAUCGAAGAGAACGAGAAAAUGCUAAUAUACGAAUACAUGGCCAACGGAAGCUUAGACAACAUUAUAUUCGAUCAAAAGAACGAAACAUCCUUGGAUUGGCCUACGAGAUUCCAAAUAAUCAACGGAAUCGCCAGAGGAUUAAUGUAUCUUCACCAAGAUUCGCGACUGAAUAUAAUCCACAGAGACCUCAAAGCCAGCAACAUAUUGCUAGACAGCGAAAUGAACCCGAAGAUUUCAGACUUCGGCAUUGCUAAAAGAUACAAAGGAAAUGGGGUGACCGAAGAUAUUACAAACCGAGUCGUGGGGACAUACGGCUAUAUGUCCCCAGAAUACGCAGUUUGCGGCCGGUUUUCAGUAAAAUCAGACGUGUUUAGCUUCGGAGUUAUCGUGCUAGAAAUCAUCAACGGGAAAAGAAACAGCUCGUAUCCUGAAGGAUAUCAGCACCUCAGCCUUCCUGCACAUGCGUGGGCGCUACACAUGGAAGGAAGAUCGAUAGAGGUAAUUGACAGUAAACUAGAGAAAUCCAGUAAUUUACAAGACAUGGUACGGGCAAUCCAUGUGGGACUGUUGUGUGUUCAACAACAUCCGAGCGAUCGGCCGAGCAUGUCGUCGGUGGUCGCGAUGUUAAGCAAUGCAGAUUGUGAGAUGCAUCGACCUGACCAGCCUGGCUUCUACAUGAAAGCUAAUGAAUUGAGGAAUGUAAGAUUCGAUCCAGUUAGUUCUGAAAAUGAGAUGACAAUAACAAUGACAGAUGGUCGAUAGAUCAUUGAGUAUUAGUUUUGGUGUAUUUGAUAGAAAAUAUUUAUUGAAUUCAUUCACAGAAUUGUUGAUAGUAGUUGUUGAAAGGUUGGAAGAUCUUAUUGAACAAAACUAGAUCUGAAUUGAACCAAUAUAAUAGUAUACUCGUUAAAAUUCU